AUGGCUGCAAUGGCCCGCGAGUCCCUCUCAGCGAAGCUCCUCCGGCUGGACAACCCGAUAGCUAGCUUGACCCUCAGUUUCUGGCUAUGGAAAGCCUUGCUGUUUAUAGCCGUUGCAGCCUGUCCAGGGCCGGGUUAUGACACUUCCACGAGCUUGAUUCCUCGCGAGGGAGCUAGUCCGUUUGCAAGCAUCCACGACUCUCUUCCGCUGCCACUGAAGUUUGCCCGGUGGGAUGCGAUUUAUUUUCUGCAUAUCGCCGAGGAGGGGUAUGUGUUUGAGCAGGAAUGGGCAUUUAGCUAUCCCCGAAUCUUGGGCUUCUUUGUUUCUGGCAUUCGCUGGUCUGGAGGAUUAGGCGGCCCGGCCAACACGGCCUUGGUGGGCAUGGUCCUGUCCCACGUUGCCCACUAUCUCUCCGUGCUGGCGCUGUACCGCUUGUCGGCCAACAUCUUUGGUCAUGCGACCCCCACUCAGAAGCUGAUCUGCGUCUUGUCGGCCGCCCUGCAUAUCAUCUCGCCUGCCGGAGCGUUCCUGUCGGCGCCGUAUGGGGAACCGAUCUUCUCCUUCCUCAAUAUCUCCGGAUACUACCUCUACACGUCCUCUCUAAUUGCAGAGCAUAAUCGUGCUGUAUUUCUCCGAGAUCUCCGGGUGCUGACCGCUGCGGUAUUCUUUGCCAUUGCGAGCGUGGUGCGCAGUAAUGGCAUCCUGAGUGGAUUCUUGUUCGCCUACGAUGCCGCGAUGCUGGCCUGGGCAACCUUGACACAGGGUCCCUCCUCCUAUAAUGCCCGCCGCCUCGCCGUGCUCGUCGUGGGUGGGUGCAUUACUGCAAUGGGGAUGGUUGUGCCGCAGAUUCUGGCCUACCGCAUAUACUGCACGGGAGAAGGACAUCUUCGACCGUGGUGCAGCUGGCCUCUUCCAAGUAUCUAUAGCUGGGUCCAAAGCUACUAUUGGAAUGUUGGUUUCCUUCGAUACUGGACCGUCUCCAACAUACCUCUCUUCUUGCUGGCAGCACCGAUGCUGGUAAUUUUGUGUAAGUCAUCGCUGUGGGCUUUAAAGGCCCCAUCGACCCUGUGUUCGGAGUCUGGGGGCCAAUCCUCCUCGCCCGUGAGCCCUGGGUCUAUGCUCUUCCGCCUGGCAGUGCCCCAGGGCCUGCUAGCCGUGAUGGCGUUGACGAGCUACCACGUCCAGAUUCUCAACCGAAUCUCAUCAGGGUACCCCAUAUGGUACUGGUGGCUCGUAUCCACAGCCAUGAGCAGUUUCCAAGACCCUCACAAGAGCCGCCGAGGGCUCUCGGUCGCUGCGCAAGCCAUGGUGGCCUAUGCACUCAUCCAGGGCGUUCUUUUUGGUUCUUUCUUACCCCCAGCAUGA